UUAGGUUUUUUUUCGUUUGUGGAUUUACAGAUCUAGAGGACACAAAAAGAAACUAAAAAUUUCAGUUAUUUUCAUCUACCCUAUCUAUCAAAGUCGAUUCCUUUUCCCUUUGUUAUCUGCUGAGAAUCAAAGCCAAUGGAUUUCGAAUAAAGCAAAGACCUUUGAUGAACUAAUUUGAGUUUGAGACAAUAAAACAUCCAUUGAUCUAAGGAUAUGUAUAACAGUAAUAGAGUACAAGUGUACCAUGAAGACGUGAGGGUUGGGGAGAUGGAGAUACACCCUCCAAGGGAAGACGACGUGAUGAAGCAAAGGGCAGUCAUGGAGGAAGUGAAGAUGGGAAUCAAAAUUAGCAGUUUUUCUCAACCUAGCAAGAGAUGUACUCCUCUUGCAGUGCUUACUACCAUUUCAUCUUCUGGACUUUGUUUCAAACUUGAAGCUUCGCCUACUCCUGCUCAUGAGCCUCUCAGUGUCUUCCACUCGUCAUGCCUUAGGGACCAGAAGACUGCAGUAAUGUCCCUUGGUGUGGAAGAGCUCCAUUUGGUUGCCAUGUGCUCGGAGGAUAUCAACAAUGACCGUCCUUGUUUCUGGGCGUUUACUGUUGCUCCUGGAAUUUAUGAUUCAUGUCUUGGCAUGUUGAAUCUUAGAUGUCUGGCGAUUGUGUUUGAUCUUGAUGAGACACUCGUAGUGGCCAAUACCCUGCACACAUUUGAGGUUAAAAUGGAGGGGUUGCUCCGGAGAAUGAGCAGCGAGGUGGACCCUCGACGCCGUGCUGUUAUGGUGGCUCAGAUGAAGCGUUAUCAGGAUGACAAAAAUCUGUUAAAGCAGUACGUUGAAAGUGACCAGGUUGUUGAAAACGGGGAGGUGAUUAAAGCACAAUCUGAAAUUGUCCCUGCCUUGUCUGACAACCAUCAGCCUCUUGUUCGUCCUCUGAUAAGGUUGCAAGAGAAGAACAUUGUCUUGACUCGCAUUAAUCCAAUGAAACGUGAUACAAGUGUUCUUGUGAGGUUGAGGACUUCAUGGGAGGAACUUCGAAGCUAUUUGACAGCAAAAGAGCAGCGCAAGCGUUUUGAAGUAUAUGUUUGCACAAUGGCUGACAAAGAUUACGCCUUAGAGAUGUGGAGGCUCCUUGAUCCAGAAGGGAAUUUGAUAAACGCAAAUGACUUGCUGGCUCGCAUUGUUUGUGUGAAAUCUGGCUUUAAGAAGUCAUUGUUCAAUGUGUUUCUCAAUGCCACCUGCCAUCCGAAGAUGGCACUGGUAAUUGAUGAUCGCCGGGAAGUUUGGGACGAGAAGGAUCAGCCAAGGGUGCAUGUGGUUCGUGCAUUUGCUCCCUACCAUUCUCCUAAAGCUGAAGCAGCUGCAACACCGGUACUGUGCGCUGCCAAAAAUCUUGCUUGCGUUGUCAGAACUGGAUUUUUCAAGCAUUUCGAUGAUAGUCUGCUACCAAGGAUUGCUGAAAUAUCUUAUGAGAAUGAUGUUGAAGAUAUUCCAUCACCUCCUGAUGUAAGCCAUUACUUGGUGUCUGAGGACGUGACAUCUGGUUUAAAUGGAAACAAAGAUCCACUUUCUAGUGACAAGAUGGCUGAUGCUGGAGUGGGGAGAAUACUGAAGGAGGCAAUUUGUGGAUCUUCAGCUGCCCUUCCGGCUGCAAAUACAGAUCCAAGAAUAGCUGCUCCCGUUCAGCAACCCAUUGCUUCUGCUUCUUAUGUUUCCGCUCCAGUACCAGUACCAGUACCAGUACCAGUACCAGCACCAGUCCCAGUCCCAGUCCCAGUCAUGCAACAAGCACCGCAACCAUCAGCUAUCGCCUUUCCAAGCAUUCAGUUUCAACAACCGGCAAUAGUAGCUACACACCUGGUUCCCUCAGAGCCAAGUUUGCAAAAUUCUCCGGCUAGUGUGGAAGGUGAGGUACCUGAAUCAGAGUUAGAUCUAGAUACCAGGAGGAGGCUCCUCAUAUUGAAACAUGGACAAGAUCCUAGAGAUGCUGCUCCAAGUGAACCUUCAUUUCCAAAGAGACCGCCAGUUCAAGCUCCACCUCCACAUGUGCAGCCAAGAAAUGGUUGGUUUGCUGCUGAGGAGGAGAUGGAUCCAAAAACAGAGAAUCCCGUUGGAUUACUGCAUGAGAUUGCUAUUAAAUGCGGAACUAAGGUGGACUACAAACCGGGUUUGGUUGCUAGUACAGAUAUGCGGUUCUCUAUUGAGGCUUGGUUUUGUGGUAAAAAAAUUGGAGUAGGGAUUGGGAAAUCGAGACGAGAAGCCCUGCAGAAGGCUGCUGAAUUUUCAAUCCAGAACUUAGCUGAUAUAUAUUUGUCCCGUGAAAAUGGCGACGCAGGACCAAGUCACAGGGAUGCAGGCCCCCUUACUAAUCAGACAUCUGCUGGAUAUGAAAAAGCGAUGCCAGUUGCUACAUAUACAAGAUUAGAAGGCUCUAUUAGGCACACUGGCUCCAUUCCUACGCUCAGGGAACUGUGUGCAUCGGAAGGUUGGGAGCUGUCUUUUCAAUCUCAGCGUCCACUUCAACCUGACAUGGUCCACAAUGAUGAAUUUCAUGCUAAGGUUGCAAUAAAUGGACGUGUUUUAGGGGAAGGAGUUGGAUCAACAUGGGAGAAAGCUAGAGUGCAUGCUGCUGAGAGAGCACUGGGUAAUGUGAGACCAUUGCUUCAACGACAAGUAUCUUCAAGAUCGUUCGGUGGGAUGUCAAACAAGCGUCUGAAGCCAAACUUUCAACGGUCCAUGCAACGGAUGGCAUCUUCAGGAAGAUCCUCUUAACAAAAAUCAUGUCUGCAUUUUAAUUCCAUUGUCUCUUACUUUAAAAGCUACAUAGGCAAUUUCUUUGACAAGUUCUCUUGUUCCCCAAACAGUUAACCACUGAUAGAGAGAUUAUGCUUUUUUGUUUUGUGUAAUUACAUGUUUUAACUCAAGAUUUUUGUGUACUUUAUCAGACAUUCUGAGUAGAAGCUACACAGCUUGAGGGGCAAAGAGAAG